CGGGGCCGCCCCUGGCCAAUGAGCGCGCUAUUCUGCGGCAGUCGGGGGCGCUGAGGCAGCUCUCGGGGCCGUUGUUCAGUGCUUGGACUGAGUGAGGUGGCUCCGAGUCUGUGGCUGUCUCGACAGCUCGACGUUCCUGUACUCCUCCCAGUUUUCAGGAAGAGUAAAGAUGGCUGAAUUUCUGGAUGACCAGGAUACUCGACUAUGUGACAACUGCAAAAAAGAAAUUCCUGUUUUUAACUUUACCAUCCAUGAGAUCCAUUGUCAAAGGAACAUUGGUAUGUGUCCUAUCUGCAAGGAACCACUUCCCAAAUCUGACAUGGAGAUUCACAUGGCUACAGAACACUGUCAGGUGACGUGCAAAUGCAGUAAGAAAUUGGAGAAGAGACAAUUAAAGAAACAUGAGGAGACUGAAUGCCCUCUGCGGCUUGCUGUCUGCCAGCACUGUGAUUUGGAACUCUCUGUUCUCAAACUGAAGGAACAUGAAGAUUACUGUGGUGCCCGGACAGAGCUGUGUGGCAACUGUGGACGCAAUGUCCUUGUGAAAGACCUGAAGUCUCACCCUGAAGUUUGUGGGAGAGGGGAGGAGGAAAGGAGAAAUGAAGUUACUGUAUCUCCUAAUGCAUAUGAUGAAUCCUGGGGUCAAGAUGGAAUCUGGAUUGCAUCCCAGCUCCUGAGACAGAUUGAAGCUCUGGACCCACCAAUGAGGCUACCCCGAAGGCCUCUGAGAGCCUUUGAAUCAGACCUUUUCCACAAUAGGACUGCCAACCAAAGGAAUAUGACAGCCCCCUUUCCAAUUCAGAAUAAUCUAUUUGAAGAACAAGAAAGGCAGGAAAGGAAUAGAAGCCGUCAGCCUCCCAAAGAGGGUGGUGAAGAUAGUGCAAACCUGGACUUCAUGUUGGCCCUAAGUCUGCAAAAUGAGGGCCAGGCCUCCACUGUGGCAGAACAGGACUUCUGGAGGGCCGUUUGUGAGGCAGAUCAGUCGCAUGGUGGGCCCAGUUCUCUGAGUGACAUGAAGGGUGCAGCUGAUGAGACCAUGUUGCCUUGUGAAUUUUGUGAGGAGCUCUACCCAGAGGAUCUGCUGAUUGACCAUCAGACAAGCUGUAACCCUUCGCGUGCCUUACCUUCGCUCAAUACUGGAAGCUCUUCUUCCAGGGGGGUGGAAGAUCCUGAUGUCAUCUUCCAGAACUUUCUGCAGCAGGCUACAAGUAACCAGUUAGACUCUUUGAUGGGUCUGAGCAAUUCACCCCCUGUGGAAGAUAGUGUCAUCAUCCCAUGUGAAUUCUGUGGGGUACAGUUGGAAGAAGAGGUGCUGUUCCAUCACCAGGACCAAUGUGACCAACGCCCAGCCAUGGCAAACAACCAUGUGAUUGAGGGGAUUCCUAAACAGCCAUCCCAACUUCAAGAGACCUCACCAGAGCUGCCCAGGAGGCGUGUCAGACACCAGGGAGAAUUGUCUUCUGGCUAUAUGGAUGAUAUCAAGCAGGAAAUAGCUAAAGGACCCAUCUACCCUCUGCCCCCCAGCAGACCCAUUAAUAAUAUUACAACUACCUGUAACCGACUAUCAAAAUCAACAUCAGGCUCUACAACUGGGUGCCAGCCCAACCCUCCUCGAGUGCUGAAACUCAACAACUCAGACAGCCAGGACAUCCGAGGGCGAAAUAGAAGCAGCCAGAAUGGGGCCAUGGACACUGAUGCAUGCUCAGUUCGAAAUCUCCACCCAGAAUACCUUGUGUCCUCUUUCCCCGUUGGGCCUGCUGCGAGAUAUGGAGCCAGUGGUAGGAGUGAAGGUGGCAGAAGUUCCCGGGUCACCCCUGCAGCUACCAACUACCGCAACAGAACUGCAAAGGCAAAGCCCCCGAAGCAGCAGGGAGCUGGGGAUGCAGAGGAGGAAGAGGAGGAGGAGUAGUGGUGUCUGCAGAAACCCUCGCCUUGGUCCCUACCUAUGCAUAGCAGCCCUUGCCUUGGUGCAGGCCCUGCCUCUCUGGCUCUUUAGGCAGGGGAAGAUUAUUCUUUUUCUAGGUUAUGGCCAUUUUGUGUCUUUUGAGAUUGUGCUGUGGGAGUUUGGGGGUUUGAGGGAGGGUUAGCAGGGAGGCUGUUGGGAAUUGUUUCAGCCUUAGCUGCCACUUCUUGGUAGCAUUGAAAUACAGAUAAUGGCCUCUUAGCCCACCAGGACUCCACCUUUUGAAAUACCAUCACCACUGCCUCUUGGUGCUUUGUGGUCCUGGUGGAAGGAGUAGAGGGUUCUGAAAAUCUGGUUCCCAUCAGUGAAAUGAUUUUCUUACCUGUGGGGUCCUAAUUUGGGGGCUUUUGGGCAACUUCUCCCAUGUACUGCCCCUGCUUGCUCCAGACUCUGGGCCUCUGGUGUGUGUAUGGAGCAGCUCUGGUGAAGUGCUCAGGCCAGCUGCUGGAUGUUAGGAACAAGGCCUUUGGAAAAGUUAGCUGGAGGUGUGUGGAGCAGGGGCUAUUUCUUUUGUCAUUUGGCAUCACUGCCUUCUGCUCCUUGUGGGUAUGGUGACUCCUUUGUCCUCACUGCCCUCUAAUGGGGAGGGCUAAGGGCUUCCUGUUCCCACUAGGGCCACACUGGGCUCUGCCCUGAUGAGGAUUAAAGCCCCAGUCUCACACUUGCUCUGAAAACCAAGUGUCAGAGCCCCUUUCCCUUCUUAUGUUACUAUUAUAAUUAUUAUCAGCUUUCUUGUAAUAGAAAUAAAGUUUGUACUUGGAGCUCAGCUAA